AUGCUGGCUCAGUUGAAAGCCAUCCAGGAAACGACGCCGUCUCGAGUACCUUAUGCUGGUCCAACAAGAACUGCCGUGGCCCGACAGCUUAGUUUGAGUUUGGCACUUCCCAAAUCCCGGUUCAUACUAAAUCCCGAGUUCUUUCAAACCUCAGUCAAACACAAAAACCACAGCCCAUCUUCUGCUCCUGCGUAUCAACAAUUUCAGAGUAGAGAUGGAGUUGUGGGUCAAGGGACACGUGGCACUGGGUUUGGCGCUGAUGGGUUUGCUGGUUUUGUGCCAAAUGGAAGGGGCGACACCAUUCACGUCUCUUUUGUUGUCAUCAAAGUUGAUUCGUCUUGGCAUAACGCUGAAGAUGGUGUUGAUCUUGUGAUAAAGGGGCCUUCUGGUGAACAAAUUAAUGACAUACGUGACAAGACGAGCGAGAAGUUUGAGUUUGUGGUUCAGAAGCAAGGUGUUCACCAGUUCUGCUUCACUAAUAAGUCUCCUUACCAUGAAACCAUUGACUUUGAUGUACAUGCUGCUCACUUUACUUACUAUGACCAGCAUGCUAAAGAUGAGCAUUUUACACCCUUGCUGGAGCAGAUAGCGAAAUUGGAGGAAGCCCUUUUCAACAUCCAAUUUGAACAACAUUGGUUAGAGGCCGAGACUGACCGCCAGGCAAUAGUGAAUGAAGGAAUGAGCCGCAGAGCAACCCACAAGGCGUUAAUUGAAUCAGGAGCACUCAUUGGAGUUAGCAUCCUCCAAGUUGUUCUCUUGAAACGUUUGUUUGAACGGAAGCUUGGAUCGUCUAGGGUUUAG